GGGUUCCUUCGAACCCACCCAGGCGUUGGGUUCCUUGCGAACCCAGCACCUGGGUUCGCAAGGAACCCAAGCAUGCUGGGUUCGCGUCUGGGUUCGCACCGAACCCAGCAUGCUUGGGUUUGGUGGAACCCAGCAUGCCUGGGUUUGGUGGAACCCAACACGCUUGGGUUUGCGCCUGGGUUCCUACAAACCCAGCACACUUGGGUUCCUUGCGAUCCCAGAUGAAGAAGGCAAGGCAAGGUAGUUGCUGGGUUACUGCAGGUGUUGGGUUCGAUUUUUCAAUUUCGAAUGCUAGGUUUUUGCAGGUAUUUGGUUCGUUUGCAGACGCAGUCAACGACGACAACUCCGUUGUUGCCAUGCACCCUGAAACCAUGGAGAACCUGCAGCUCUAUCGUGGCGAUACUGUGCUCAUCAAGGGAAAGAAAAAGAAGGAUACACUCUGCAUUGUUACUGCUGAUGAAACAUGUGAACAGCCAAUGAUCAGGAUGAACAAAGUUGUGAGGUCGAAUUUGAGAGUUCGACUUGGAGAUGUUGUCUCUGUGCAGCAGUGCCCAGAUGCUAAGUAUGGGAAGCGUGUACACAUUCUCCCAAUAGAUGAUACCAUUGAAGGGAUCACUGGGAAUCUAUUUGAUGCAUACCUGAGACCUUAUUUCUCGGAGGCUUAUCGCCCUGUAAGGAAAGGUGAUCUGUUCCUUGUCAGAGGAGGCAUGAGAAGUGUGGAAUUCAAGGUUCUCGAGACUGAUCCAGGAGAGUAUUGUGUGGUUGCACCAGACACUCAAAUUUUUUGUGAGGGUGAACCUCUUAGAAGGGAGGAUGAGGAUAGAUUGGAUGAAGUUGGUUAUGAUGAUGUGGGUGGUGUUAGGAAGCAGAUGGCUCAGAUCCGUGAGUUAGUUGAGUUGCCACUAAGGCAUCCUCAACUUUUCAAAUCAAUUGGUGUUAAACCACCCACAGGAAUUUUACUUUAUGGACCCCCUGGUUCUGGAAAGACAUUAAUUGCUAGAGCUGUAGCCAAUGAAACUGGUGCAUCCUUCUUCUGUGUUAAUGGCCCUGAGAUUAUGUCCAAAUUGGCUGGAGACAGUGAAAGCAACCUCAGGAAGGCUUUUGAAGAAGCUGAGAAAAAUGCUCCAUCCAUCAUCUUUAUUGAUGAGAUCGAUUCAAUUGCUCAAAAGAGGGAGAAGACCCAUGGUGAAGUUGAGAGGAGGAUCGUUUCACAGCUUCUGACUUUAAUGGAUGGACUGAAACCUCGGUCCCAUGUUGUUGUUAUUGGGGCUACUAAUCGUUUGAAUAGCAUAGAUCCUGCUUUGAGGAGGUUUGGCAGGUUUGAUAGAGAGAUCAAUAUUGGUGUUCCAGAUGAAGCUAUUGCAAAUGAGUGCCAAGCAAACUUCAUCAGUGUCAAAGGCCCUGAACUGCUCACAAUGUGGUUUGGUGAGAGUGAAGCAAAUGUUAGAGAAAUAUUUGACAAGGCCCGGCAGUCUGCACCCUGUGUGCUUUUCUUUGAUGAGCUCGAUUCUGUUGCUACGCUGGUUGCACUUCCGAAAUCGGGUGAGAAAGAUAACUCGACGGCGAUUUUGGAGCGCAAGAAGUCAGCCGAACGACUUGUUGUAGAUAAGGAGGUCAGCUACGUUAACUCCUUCGUCGUCAUGCACCCUGAAAUCAUGGAGAAUCGUGGCGAUACUGUGCCCAUCAAGACUGAUGAAACAUCUCAGACUGAUGCUGAUGAAACACCUGAGACUGAUCCAAAAACGUAUGGAAUAUUUGCACCGACGAUUGGAACUUUUGAGACUGAUCCAGCAAGGUAUCGAAUGGUUGCACCGACGACUGGAACAUUUUGGGAGCAUGAGGUUAGAUUGGAUGAAGUUGGUUAUGAUGAUGUGGGUGGUGUUAGGAAGCAGAUGGCUCAGAUCCGUGAGUUAGUUGAGUUGCCACAAAGCCAUCCUCAAGUUUUCGAAUCAAUUGGUGCUAAACCACCCAAAGGAAUUUUACUUUAUGGAGCCCCUGGUUCUGGAAAGACAUUAAUUGCCAGAGCUGUUGCCAAGGAAACUGGUGUAUCCUUCUUCUGUAUUAAUGGCCCUGAAAUUAUGUCCAAAUUUGUUGGAGAAAGUGAAAGCAACCUCAGGAAUGCUUUUAAAGGAGCUGAGAUAAAGGCUCCAUCCAUCAUCUUUAUUGAUGAGAUCGAUUCAAUUGCUCCAAAGAGGGAGAAGACCUGUGGUGUAGUUGAUAGGAGGAUCGUUUCACAGCUUCUGACUUUAAUGGAUGGACUGAAAUCUCGGGUUGAGGGGGGUGGUGACUCUAUCAAUGCUGCUAUCACCCCGGUCUCUCCAUCUCUGUCAAAGCUCGAUAGUGGAUCGUUGCCAUCCUCAUCCCUGCCCGAGGGUGCAACUGUUGCAAGAAAGAUUGCUGGGGCAUCCUCAUCACCACCUCAUCCACGACUAGCCGAUUUGGUGACUUCUUGCGCUCCAAAAUCACCGUCGAAUGCCAGCCAGACAAGGUACACAUCACACAAGAACGCGGUGAAAUUGUUCACUCCCUCUCCCUCCAAUCACUCCACACUUACACUCUGUGUCCCUUUCUGAGCUCCAUCCCUGAGAUCAGGCUGGUAUGUUUCUUCUCCUCUCUUCACUCUAAUAUCUUGCUUUUCAAUCUCUUGUUUUUCUUCUUUUUGUUGGUUUUGAUAUGGGUAGCUGCCAUUUUAUGUGAUUUCUAGGUGCUGAGUCAAAAGCUGAAGUCUUGAGCUUGGUUUUUGUAAGCUUAUCUGUGCUUAUAUCUUGCUUUUGAUUCUUUCACUGUUUUUCAUUUUGUUUGUUUGAUAUGGGCAGUGGCCAGUUUAUGAAUGUAUGUUUUAGGUGCUAAUAUAAAAAAAGUUCAAGUCUUGAGCUUGAUUUUUUGUUUGGAACGUAAAGAUAGGAAAUUUAGCUGAAAUAUUGCUAUAUUUAAACGUUUAUUUCAUUGCAUCUUCUUAUCUUGUUAGUGGGGUCUUCUUAUGGGUUCCAGUUUAUGCAGAAGAACUGAAGCUGUGUUUUUGCUUUGCAAGAUUUUGUUUAUGGAACCAAAAAUUUCAGGUUUAGUCUGACUGCGUAUUUUUCAAACAGGAUACCUGGAAGAGUCCCAAAUUAUUGUGGAUUACUGUUUUCUACUGUUGGGGUUUUAAGAGUUAAGUGUGAUAAAUGGAAGAAAUUCAAUCCAAUCACUCCCUCUCCCUCCAAUCACUUAUCACUCCACACUUACACUCCAAUAUCUUGAAAUCAAUCUCUUCUCUUCUCUUCUCUUCACUCUAAUAUCUUGCUUUUCAAUCUCUUGUUUUUCUUCGUUUUGUUGGUUUUGAUAUGGGUAGUUGCCAUUUUAUGUG